AUUAUCAUAUCACGCGAAGAUUGACAUUGCACACCCAGAUUAGAUACAAAAAUUAAAAAAACAACAUUUAGGUUGUUCCUUUUUUAUUUAAAGAACUUUUAAGUUUUUAAAACGAAUAAUGUUUAAUCCUAAAGACUAUGGUCUGGCGGAUGAUUUUCGCCUUACAAAUUUCUCAACCUUACGCGGCUGAGGCUGCAAACUCCCUCAAGAUGUUCUUCUCAAAUAUCUUGAGGCUCUACAAAUUCUAAAUACAUCUCCUUGGCUUAAUAAAAGUGAAAAUAAUGUCGAACAAUCAAUUGGUAGUGGUAUGGAUUGCGCUGUCAUACCACUAACGCGCCACAAAAACUUAUCCCUUGUCCAAACUGUUGACUUCUUCUAUCCUCUGGUUGAUAAUCCCAAAAUAAUGGGCAAAAUUGCUCUGGCUAAUGUACUGAGUGAUGUCUAUGCUGUGGGUGUGACCUCAAUUGAUAAAUUCAGCUUGAUUCUUAGUUCUCCGACUGGAUUCACAUCUGAUCAACGAGAUGUGAUUCUCCCUCUAAUAAUUGAAGGUUUUAAUGAAUCGGCUAAGCUGGCUGGGUGUCAAGUUGGUGUGCGGAAUAUUGCAAUCAACGAAUGGUGUAUUAUUGGAGGAAUAGCAAGUUCUGUCUGCAGGAGUGAUGAAAUUAUCAUGCCUUCAAAUGCCAAGCCAGGUAAUGCAAUUGUUCUGACCAAACCGAUAGGAACACAAUUAGCAACAAACGCAAAUAUCUGGUGGAGUGAAAAAGGUGAAAAAUACGAAAAGCUAUCAACUCACAUCACUGACCAGGAUAUUCUUGAAACCUUUCAAAUAGCGAUUGAAUCAAUGACCCAUCUCAAUAUGAAUGGCGCCUCCCUGAUGCACAAAUAUUCGGCUACUGCCGCUACGGAUGUUACUGGAUUCGGUCUUCUCGGACAUGCCCUAAACUUGGCCGAAUACCAAACAGACUGUGUAGAGUUUGUCAUAGACAAACUUCCCAUCAUAAAGAACGUUAUGAAGAUUGGUGAGUUAGUUGGACAGAAUAAGAAAUUGAAAAGUGGCCGAGCUGUGGAGACUUCUGGAGGUUUAUUAAUUUGCCUGCCAGCUAAAAAUGCACAAGCUUUUUGUGACGACUAUGCUAACAUGCAUGGUAACAAACAAAAAGCAUGGAUUGUUGGACAUGUUAGGGCUGCCGACAAGAGAAGCGCAUCUCUUGCCGACAAUGUUGAUUUAAUCGAAAUUGAGCUCUAAGAGAGAUGUAUUUAAGAUUCCUUUAUUUUAUUGUUUUUUUAUUCCGGAUUUCUUUUCAAAACAGAACUAAAAUUUGUCCAACGUAUGACAGAUAUAUCUUAAAGGUCUCAAGAUCAGGAUAUAUCUCGAUAUCUUUUUUUUGGUAUUUUAGUUUUUGUUUUGGAAUGUGCCUUAUUAUUCAAAAUAAAAUUAUAUAUUUUUAUAAUAGA